GGCCGGCGGAUCCUCAGCUCAGCUGCUCCGCCACGCCGCGCUACACGGCUGAUGGAGCCCUCAGAGACUAGCCCAGCCGCCACCACCACCAUUGAUUCCCUCAAGGACGACAACAUCGAGGACAUCCUGCUGCGCCUCCCGUCGCCGGCCUCCCUCGCUCGAGCCGCGCUCGCCUCACGCCGCUGGCGCGGCAUCGCCUCAAGCUCCCCCUUCCUCCGCCGCUUCCGCGAGCUCCACCCCCGGUCACCCAUCCUCGGCCUCUUCGCCUCCCAGCCGGACCUCCAGCAGCUCCCCAUCUUCCACCCCGCGGCCGCCGUCCGCUCCGACCCAGACCUCAAAGCCGCCGCGCGCGGGGGCGACUUCCUGCUCACCCGCCUUGAGGACGACCCCGCGUGGCGCUUCCGGGACUGCCGCAACGGGCGCCUCCUCCUCUGCCGAGGCGGCGACUCCCUCUCCCUGUACGACCCCGUCUCCCACCGGCACGUCGCUGUGCCCCGUCCGCGGAACGACGAACCACUCCUCCCUGUACCACUACCACCUGGAGCAGCGGAGUACAUAUGGGACUGCUUGCUGGACGGCCAUGGAGAAUUCCGCGUGGUCACCGUGCAGCGAGACGGCCAAAGGUUGCGAGCCAUGGAGUACGCCUCCCGCACGGCCGAGUGGGGCAUCCACCCGUGGGUGGACGGCAUCCGCAUGCCUGCGCAUGCGCAGAGCAUGCGACCGAUGCUCGCUGCGGCGGCCGGGCUUAUCUUCUGGAGAUAUGACCGGAACUCCUCGCUCUUGCUCGACACCAGCACCAUGGCAUUCUCCAUCGUCCCUCUCCCAGUUGCAAUAGCAACGCAGACGAUGAUGCCGCCGGGAGCAUACGCCAUCGGAGACACCGAGGAGGGUGUGUGUUGCCUUUUGCAUAUCGUCGGCAGGACUACGCUGCAAGUGUGGCUACUCAAGAAGAACGACGGCGACGGCGGGCAUGCGUGGGAGUUGGAGAAGCAAAGCCAUAUAGGCUGGCUGGACAGCUUCAACCGGCGGUUCGGCGUCCAUAUGGUGGCUGCUGGAAUGGCAAUUGUUUACUGCAUGAGUUGCAAGUUUUCUCACUUUGUCAUCGAUCUCAAGGACCUAAGCCUCAUGGAAAAGUUCCGUUGUCACCGAACCAUGGCGUACCCUUUCCAAAUGCCAUGGCCACCUGCUGCGUUGGUACCUACUUCUCCGUGUGAGCGACCCACCACACCCCAAACAUAUGCUUGCGGAGAUGCUCAAAAUCAACACGAAGCACCCUCUUCUAGUAGGAAGCGCAAGAGCAAUGAUGAAGCGGCCAACUUGAAUAAAGAAGGCGAUCAACUCUUGUGCGUUUAAACCCCUUGUGAGCAAAAUAUUCCCCGGCUAUUCCUUGAUAUGUGCAAGUUGGAAAUACGAUAAACUCUGUACUUAGGAAGAGAUUUCUAUUGACAAGCAUAUAUUCCUUUUGGAGAAACAUAGCCAAAAUUUCAAAAUUAUGAUUUUUUACUGAAAAUAUGUAUGUGCAUGGCACACAAGAUUGUAAGAAACACAACCUAUAUAUCAACUUCU